AUGUCUUGCUGCUGUGCUCCCCGCUGCUGCUGCAGUAUCCCCACUGGCCCUGCCACCACCAUCUGCUCCUCUGACAAGUGCUGCCGCUGCGGAGUCUGCCUGCCCAGCACCUGCCCACACGACAUCAGCCUCCUUCAGCCCACCUGCUGUGACAAUACCCCCCCACCCUGCUGUGAGCCCGACACCUAUGUGGCCAGCACCUGGCUGCUCGGCACUUCCUAUCCCACCCCUGGAAUGAAUGGGAUCAACCUGACCACCUACGUCCAGCCCGGAUGCCAGAGCCCCUGCGAACCCUGCUGUUAA